UGCCCGCUCACCUCAGGGCUGUGCGGCGGCAGUGCCUCGGGUAAGACGACCGUGGCCACGCGGAUCAUCGAGGCGUUGGACGUGCCCUGGGUCGUGUUGCUGUCCAUGGAUUCCUUCUACAAGGUGCUGGACGAGGGGCAGCAGGCGUUGGCGGCCCGCAGCGAUUACAACUUCGACCACCCGGACGCCUUUGACUUUGAGCUGCUCGUCAGCGUCCUACGCAAGCUGAAAAAGGGCAAGAGUGUGAAGGUGCCCGUAUACGACUUCACCACGCACAGCCGGCGCCGAGAGUGGAAAACCGUCUAUGGGGCCAACGUCAUCGUGUUUGAGGGCAUCCUGGCGUUUGCCAACAAGGAGCUGCUGAAGCUCCUGGACAUGAAGGUGUUUGUGGAUACGGACUCGGACAUCCGGCUGGUGCGGCGGCUGCAGCGCGACAUCAUGGAGCGUGGGCGUGACAUCGUGGGUGUCAUCAAGCAAUACCACAAGUUUGUGAAGCCAGCCUUCGAGCAGUACAUCGAGCCCAGCGUGCAGGUGGCAGACAUCGUGGUGCCCCGGGGUGGGGAGAACUCUGUGGCGCUGGACCUUAUUGUGCAGCACGUGCAUAGCCAGCUGGAGAAGCGCGAAAUCACUGUCAGGGCAGCUCUGGCCUCAGCCCACCAGGGGCAGCCACUGCCGGCGACUCUGAGCGUGCUGGAGAACACACCGCAGGUGCGGGGCAUGCACACCAUCAUCAGGAACAAGGACACCACCAGGGACGAGUUCAUCUUCUACUCCAAGCGCCUGAUGCGGCUGCUGAUUGAGCACGCGCUCUCCUUCCUCCCACUGAAGUCAGUCACGGUGGAGACGCCGCAGGGGACAACCUAUGAAGGGAAGAGGUUCCAUAGGCAGCGGAUCACCGGCGUGUCCAUCCUGAGGGCCGGGGAGACCAUGGAGCAAGCGCUGACCGCCGUCUGCAAGGACAUCCGCCUGGGCAAGAUCCUGAUCCAGACCAACCACGACACGGGGGAGCCCGAGCUGCACUACCUGCGCCUGCCCAAGGAGAUCAGCGAGGACUACGUCAUCCUCAUGGACAGCACCGUGUCCACCGGCGCUGCUGCCAUGAUGGCCGUACGCGUGCUGCUGGACCACGACGUGCCGGAGGAGCGCAUCUUCCUGCUGUCGCUGCUGAUGGCCGAGAUGGGGGUGCACUCGGUAGCUUACGCGUUCCCCCGAGUCCGCAUCAUCACCACGGCUGUGGACAAGAGGAUCAACGAGGAGUUCCACAUCAUCCCCGGCAUCGGGAAUUUUGGGGACAGGUACUUUGGCACCGAUGCGCCGCCCGCCUGCACCGACAGUCUUACAGUGGCCCUGGGGAUCUCAGGGCAGCUGGAUACUGGGGGCUCGGGGUAG